GAGCUGAGUUCUAAGCAAUAAGGUUUCUUGGAAGAAACUGUGCGUCGAAGCGGCUGCCGUGGCCCUUCAGAAGGACUUCUCCAGGUGACGACAAAAUGGAUGCUACUGCAAUCUCAGAGAGUUCUACCAUCCAACUGGCCCCUGAUCUGCAUAAGGAUGACAGAUACCACGUCUUCAUUAGCUACAGCAGUGGAGAUUCCAUCUGGGUCUAUGGUCUUAUUCGUAAACUUGAGGACACCUUACCCAACCUAAAAAUCUGCUACCACGAACGGGACUUUGUCCCGGGGAAGACUAUCAUAGACAAUAUGGUUGAGUGUAUCCAGAGCAGUCAAAAGACCUUGGUGGUACUGAGUCCCGAUUUCGUGCGUAGCCGGUGGUGUCUUUUCGAAGCCAACAUCUCCGUCUUCAGAGAUUGCAUGGUACACAAAGCCAUCAUCCCAAUCAUGCUGAAGCCUUGUACGGUUCCUCUACAUCUCAGCCACUUGACCUACCUGGAGGCUGAGGAUAAACAGUUCUUCGAGAAACUCACCCAAGUUCUAAUGAGCGAGAACAAUCAAAUGUCGCACUCCAUGCUAGUCCACUAUCAGCCUAGUGUCUUGUAUGACGGGAAGACCAUUCUCACGCUGCCUGCCGUGAACGAAGGAAGUGAAAAGUGGGAGCCCGCCAUCUAUUCCACUGCUUCUGUGCCUGACCAACUAAGGCCUCUACUGGACGACUCUGAACUUUAUAAGAACGCUAUCGGGAUAAUCAACGAUGUUCGGCCUUCUCGUUCAUUUCUUCGUUUUGUGACUUUCAAAGUUUUUGUUUGUAUCGCACUUGUUUUGCUAAUGGUUUUGAACUUCAUCGUGUCUCUCGUUUCGGUGGCCACUUUAAGGGUUUUGGAUGGCAUGAUGGGUCACAAAGUAGCCGCAUUCGUACCAAAUUUCAUGGUAAGUAUAUUCUUGAUGCCCACUCUGCUAUUCAAAGUCCUGAGUUGGAACAGGAAAAUGACCAAAGCCAUCAAGAAGGAAAUGGUCCUUAAGACUGGCCACGCAAACGUCCUCCUGAUGGAGUCUUCACUCUUGGUUGGCUGCCCAUCCAAGAACCAGCUCUUCUUUGUCUACGUCUCUUUGCGGGAAUGCCGGCAAGCUUUUGACGUCGCCUUUGGCCAUCGAAGCGAGCUAGUUACGACCAUGUGGGAAAAGGCCCUUAUCAAUUAUUCUUCUGAUUACGCUUGUUGUCUGGCCAGGAAACACUUCCCAUUCAAUGGCGCGCAUCCUCCUGGACACUUAGACCAGGGCAUGUGCUUCUGCCAGUACGUAGCAGAGCUACAAAGACGUACGGACACAAUAUAG